AUGAUAUCUUUCUUCACCGAACAAAAUAAAAGAAAAAAUAGGGUCCCUGGAUCGGUUUUAUUACAAACAUUUUCAGCUGUGGUGAACGGACGGAGGGGGAGUAGGACGCACCUGCGUUGCAUGUUGGAUUGCAGGGCCAAUAAAUCCUUCAUCUUGAGAGAGGUAGUCGAGGAAUUGGGAUUGAAAACAGUGGGCAGGGAAGUUCUAGCUAUUCACACUUUCGGAAGUGAAACCGCUGAGCAUCGUGUUUACGAUAUAGUGGAGAUUAAAUUAAGGAAUGUACAAUACCCGACUCGGUGUGUUAAAAUACUAGCGGUUGUUAAUGACUCGAUUACGUCGGCGAAAAUUCAUACUCCAUCGCAGUUUGUUAGAAACAUAGCGUUGAAAGAGGGAAUUGAGUUAGCAGAUGUUAGUACUUCUGAGAGGAUUGAUGUUUUGAUUGGUUCGGAUUAUAUUUCAGAGAUUUUAGGCGAAAGGAAUAUAGGGAUUAGUAAAAGAUUGAUUGCAGCUGAUAGUAUUUUCGGAUAUUUGCUACAGGGAAAGGAGAUGGGAAUUGAUUGUAAGGAAAUAACUGCUAAUCAUUUGAUCGUCGAGGGUCAGGAAUCGAGUUUUGAUAGGGUAAAAGAUUUGUGGUUAUUAGAAACGAUUGGGAUAAAUGCCGAUAAAGAAGUGUCUCUUUCAGAUAACGAAACUUUAAAAUCGUUUCAACAAAAUACGACGUAUAAAGAAAACAGAUACGAAACUCGUUUGUUAUGGAAGGAGGAUAAUAAGGCAUUACGCAGUAAUUAUGAAAUUGCAAAACGUCGUUUAUUCGGUUUAAGCAAAACAUUAGAUAGAAACAAAGAAUUAUUUGUUAAAUACGAUGGCAUCAUUAAGGAACACUUAAGAGAAGGUAUUAUAGAACGAGUAGAUUUGAAUUUAGACCAAAAUAUAAACAUGGGUUAUUUUCUUCCACAUCAUGCUGUAGUGCGAGAACGGAAGAAUAGUACAAAGAUUAGGACUGUCUUUGACGCAUCAUCAAAGGGAAAAGACGCGUUAUCAUUAAACGAUUGUUUAGAGAGCGGACCGAACUUAAAUCCUGAUUUACUUGAAAUCUUGUUACGGUUUAGGUUAAACAAAAUUGCAUUUAGUGCAGAUAUUCAGCGCGCUUUUUUAGAAGUAGGGAUCGCCGAGGAAGAUAGGCAGUUUUUAAAAUUCUUAUGGAUAAAAGGGGAUUGUCUUAAUCUCGGUUUCAGCCCUCACAAUAUUGAAACAUUCCAAUAUAAAAGAGUCAACUUUGGAGUGAAAUGCAGCCCAUUCUUACUUGCCGCAGUUAUUAAACUGCAUUUAGAGCAAUUCGAAAGUGAAUAUGAAGAAGCAUGUAAAAUGUUGAGCUAUUUGUACGUAGAUGACCUAGCAGCUGGCACGUCAAGCGUUUCCGAAGCUAUAAAAUUGAGCAAAGAAAUGAUUUACAUUCUAAAUCAGGCCAGCAUGAAUCUUCGAAGAUGGGCUACGAACUCCCCAAUUCUAAAUGAAGCUUGGAAACAAGCUAAUGUUGACCGUCGUGAAACAUCCGAAGAAUUAAGUGUGCCAUUAAAAAUUCUUGGACUCAUUUGGGACAAUAUCAAUGAUAAAUUUACCAUAGACAUUCAUCAAAUUUCUAAGAUGAAGGACAGUAAUCUUUCGAAGCGAUUGAUUCUGAGCAUCUGUGGGAUGCUGUUUGAUCCAUUGGGGAUGAUAACCUCUUUUACUGUCAGAAUGAAGUUGUUAUUACAGAAUGCUAGCCCAAAGGCUUAUGGUUGUGUGGCCUACUUCAGGAAAGUGACCAACUUGAAGGUGAGCUCCAGUUUCAUAGUGGCGAAAUGCCGCCUAUCUCCAUUGAAAAAAUUGAAUCUGCCCAGACUUGAACUCAUGGGAGCCCUUGUUUCUGCCAGAUUAGCAGAAUACUUAAAACGAGCAUUUCCUUGGAUUACAUCUGACCACAUCUUCUUCUGGUCGGAUUCGCAAAUCAGCCUUCAUUGGAUAAAAGGAGACCCUCUACGAUGGAAGGAGUUUGUGAGAAAUCGCGUACGGGAGAUCCAGGAGAAAACCAAUCGAGACCAGUGGAAUUACUGCAGAGGAAAGGCGAACCCCGCAGACAAGUUAACCCGAGGACUGUCUAUCCGAGUGUUAGCGCAAGAUGAUGUUUGGUGGUAUGGUCCAGACUGGUUGUUUAACCCAGAUCUAUGCCUUGACAACACAGUGAACAGCGAAUUCAACGAAGUUGAAGUAGCAAAUGAAUUAAAGAAAGACUAUUUUCCAGCGAGAAACCUAGUAAUGACUGUAACCGGAACAAAUUGUGAUGAUUUUCUCGAUGAACUUCUCAAAAUCACAAAUGACUAUGUAAAACUGAUUUGUAUUAUUUCAUAUAUUUUUAGAUUUUCAGCUAAUUGCAGGUACCCUCAGUCAAGGACUGUAGGGCCCAUUACGACUGAUGAAAGAAUUCAGGCAGAAAACCAAUUAAUCCGAAUGGUUCAACGUGGUAAGUUUAAAGAAGAAAUUAGAGAUUUGAAAGGAGCUUUGCAUCUUGAUUUUGUAACAGAUCAAACAUCUGACUGUUUUAUUGCAAGUUUAAAGCGUUUCUUUGGAAGGAGAGGUAAAUGUGCAAAAAUUCUUACCGACAAUUCCAAAACAUUUGUCGGUGCAAACAAAGAACUUAAAAAGCUGUAUAAUCUUGUCAACUCUCCUGAUCAAUGUUUAAACAAAUCUGCACUAAACAUAUAUUGGGAUAUAAACCGUGCAUUGAGCAUGACUGAAAAUGCGCCGAAACGCACUUUCUUCAAGAGCUCUGCAAUCGGUUUCGAUAUUAUAAUUGGUGCACUUAAGAAUUUUGUAAAAAAGCAUCAAUACAAAAAGGCGAAUUCAGAAGGGUACGUGGCAUGUGUUUGCCUUUUCAAGGUUCCGCGAAGGAGUAAUGUAAACCUAACAACUCAGAAUAGCGCCAUUAUAACCAAUGGAACUAGAAUGGUGGAUGAUUCCACUGUUCUAAUUGCUAAAAUAAAUGCUCCUGUUGAAAUUGCACCUAACGUGUUCGAACUCGAAACCGUGCAGGUAAAAACUGACAUGGAGCAAUGA